AGCAACCACCCGAACUUCACUCCUCCACCUUCAUUUAAUCAGAAAACAACACACAACUGAAACUCUACUAAAAUGUCAACUCUCAGUCCAACCACUCUUCUUCUCAUCAUCACCAUCAUCACAGCAUCAUCACUAUCCCUCGCAUCACAACCGUCCUAUUCUCCCAUCUCCAGAAAACUUCCCCCGCGUUUUCCCCGCAAACUCUCACACCAGAUUAAAACCCAGCAGCAGUUACAGUACCGAUACGAAACACGAUACUUUAACCAAAAACUCGAUCAUUUCAGCUUCUCAAACCUCCCGGAAUUCUCCCAACGCUACCUCAUUAACUCCGAUCACUGGUCCGGUCCCGAUCGACUCGGCCCGAUCUUCCUCUACUGCGGCAAUGAAGAAGAUAUCGUCUGGUUCGCUGAAAAUACCGGAUUUGUUUGGGAAAUCGCUCCUCAGUUCGGCGCGAUGGUCGUUUUUCCCGAGCAUAGGUACUAUGGUGAGUCGAUACCGUACGGGAGCAGAGAAGUAGCGUAUAAGAAUGCUAGUACAUUAGCAUACCUAACUGCGGAGCAAGCGUUGGCGGAUUUUGCGGUACUGAUAACUGACUUGAAGAGGAAUCUAACGGCUGUGGAUUGUCCUGUUGUGUUAUUUGGCGGAUCCUACGGUGGAAUGUUAGCUGCAUGGAUGAGACUAAAGUAUCCACAUAUAGCAAUUGGCGCGCUAGCUUCGUCUGCUCCGAUGCUUCAGUUUGAAAAUAUUGUGCCGCAUGAAAUAUUUUAUGAUAUCGCUUCUAAUGAUUUUAAGCGUGAGAGUGAUAGCUGCUUUAAUACUAUAAAAGAUUCAUGGGAUGCAAUUGCAUCUGAGGGUUUGAAAGAGAAUGGAUUAGUUGCACUUAGCAAAACUUUUCACAUGUGCAGGGUUUUGAAUAGCACAGAUGAGCUUGCAGACUGGUUGGAUUCUGCUUAUAGUUACUUGGCGAUGGUGGAUUACCCUUAUCCUGCUGGAUUUUUGAUGCCUCUUCCUGGACAUCCCAUAAGAGAGGUUUGCAGAAGGAUUGAUGGAUGUCCUGAUGGUACUAACAAUCUAGAGCGUGUUUUUGAAGGAGUAAGCGUCUAUUAUAAUUAUACCGGCAAUGUCGACUGCUUUGAACUGGAUGAUGAUCCUCAUGGUUUGAGUGGUUGGAACUGGCAGGCUUGUACAGAAAUGGUGAUGCCAAUGGCCAGCAGCAAGAAUGAAAGCAUGUUCCGAACAUAUGAAUUUAAUUACACCUCUUUCGAAGAAGAAUGUUGGGAGGAAUUCAGGGUUGUUCCUAGGCCCAGAUGGAUAACAACAGAAUUUGGCGGACUUGACAUCAAGACCGCCUUACAAAAUUUUGCUAGUAACAUCAUUUUCUCUAACGGUCUACUGGAUCCUUGGAGCGGUGGCGGUGUUUUGCAGAAUAUAUCUGAAACUGUUGUUGCCCUUGUUACUAAGGAAGGGGCUCAUCACAUCGACUUGCGUCCUUCGACACCUGAGGAUCCUGAUUGGCUGGUAGAGCUAAGGGCAACUGAGGUGAAGCUGAUCGAAGGAUGGAUAAAUGAUCACAAUCAGAGAAAGAGAACAGCUUUUUACUCGUAGAGUUUAAAGACUGCUCUGCUUGAUCAUUGCUUCUAGGUAUUACACAUGGCUGUAAAUUAUUCUGUUUUUCGGCUGCCAGAACUUUGGAAUCACCUGCUGUUAAUUUAUCUGCAGGAAAGGGAUUCAUGCCGCAACGGAUAUUACAUAAUAAUUAAUAACGAUUAGAGACUGGAAUUACCUGCCGUUAAUUUAACUGAAAUAAACUGUUCAUAUUUCGAGUCAAACUCCUACUGAAUCCUGAUAUCUGUCCAUGGCUUACUCACUAUAUUGUGGGAGUGUCAUAUAGUAGAAGUAUCGUAGUUUAAUAUUUUUUUCUUUUGGAUCUUUUGCUUGCUUUGUACUAACUUGUAAGAAUAGACAAAAAUAAGGGUCUCAGAUUUUAUUCUAA